AUGGCGAAGCGAGCUGGUGGGGCUGAGUUCAAUGGUGCCGGUCCCGCUGGCGCAGCCACAAGCAGUGCUGUCGCCGCCACGUCAAAGAUGGCCAAGAUGCUGACGGCACGCGGGAUUGAUGUGAGCCAGUUUGCUGCUGCCCGUGCCAAGGAGAUGAAGGCUAUGGAGGCUGAUUUGGAACAACGCAGUGGCGCUGGCAAGCGAACGGAAAUGGUGGACACGGACAAUGCGAGCAAGAGUCGUCGCCACAAGCGCCGCCCGCGUCACAUGCGGGCGGCCUUUGAAGCUCGCUCAUCACGCGUGCGCUGGCUAGAGACGCACCUAUGGCACGCCAAGCGUUUCCAGAUGGCGGAGCAGUGGGGCUUUCAUGUGCCCCAAAAGCCCAGCGACAAGUCAGAACGCGUCAAUUACCGCUUCGUCCGAGACCACGUGUCCAUACAAGAUGCCUCCUUCAUGCAGACGCUUGUGUUGGACGCGCCAGACCAUCGUGCGGGUGCUGCUGUCCUCGACGCUGCAGCUUCAACCACCCUGUAUCAUGCCACUGGCCAGGAAUGGACGGCUUUGCUGCGUUAUCCGGAUGGCUCUGUAGUAGCCCCCAUCAGCUACUUUUGGUCCGAGCGGAGCCGUACUGCCGGUUGGCGGUGUUGGAUUACAGUACACCCUGCCAGCCUGGCCGUCGUUGAAGCUCUGCUGCGUGGCGCCGCCGGCAACUCCGUGGCUGCGCAUGACCUUGAGCUGACCCACGUGAACACUGAAUACACCAACCGCUUUCGGCUCCGCGGACCGGCAGCACUCCAACUUCUGCAGUGUGCUCUGCAACCAGCGAUCGAAGCAGGCGACCGCUUGCCCUCUGGCAUCCUCUCUGAGAGCACGCGUGCAUGGAAUGAGCUGAACCGAUCAGACGCAGAAAAAGUGAUUUUGGCCAACACCGUCCUCCAGCUGGCCGUAUGGGACCCCCGCCUGCAAACACCAAGCCAGAUGAUGAAGCGCAAGGAAGAGUGGCUGGCCGCACGCUCGCCCAAGCCCACUAGUACCGAUCCAGCUCAAGCCAGUGAAGCCACCUGUAUGACUGCUACCUCUGCUGCCUGGUUCAUUGAGGAAGAUUCACGCCGUGCCAGCUCCGAAGGACAAGCCCACGUCGCCAAAUUGAACCAAAGGCGCGCCGCAGCACCCGUGUCUGGUGCCACACUGCAGCCCGGGGAUCACGAUAGCAUUGUCCCCAUUCUGUUGAUCCAAAAGCCCGGCGCCCGUACCACGCAGGGCGGUCGCCUGGGAUUUGGUGCUGGUUGGGAUUUAAUCGUACCUCGGCGCUGGGCGUUGCCAUUUUGGAUGAUGCUGGUGCACGCAGGAGCACGCGUUCAUGGUCAAGCUGAGGAACGGCGAUUGGCUCUGGAAAGUGGCCAGCUGGCAUUUCCCUAUCAUUGUGUGGGGUCUAGUGCGUAUGAAGCCUGGCGGCAGUCAGAACUCGAUGCUCGACAGCGCCGGUGGCAGGCGCGACCUCCUGCCAAGCGUCUCAACUAUUGCAAAUUGAACGUGGCCGCCCCCUUCAUUGCUGAUUGGUCCCUGUUGGGGGGCAAUCCCCUGCCCCAGGUGGUUUACAACGAGCAAGUAGACGGACAUCUCCGUGACCGGCCUUUGCCGGCCCUGCACUGGACGCGACUCCGAGUCGUCGGGCGUGGCAAGCUGGACGAUCGGUGUGCCGUGUUUGCGUUGCCCAACACGGAUCGAGGAGCAGCUCUCCUCAAGUUGCCCAAGCACACAUUGCCCGACCUCGACCACCCCAAUGCGCUCGCCUGGCCAACGCGACUCCUGCUUCGUCACCCGGACACCAAUCGCCUUACAUGGGUUGAGGCUCGUGCGAUGUCUGAAGUUGCCUGGUUUUGA